UAAAGGUUUUUGAUGGUCAUUCAUUAGAUCCAAAAAAAAAAUCAAUUUCUUUGGUUCAAACAUGUGGAUGCUCUUUUUUCCUACUUGCGGUUUGAUUGUCGGAACUCAAUCUACUCCCACUGUGACAUCUCAACUUCAAAUGGAAGCAAAUGCUAUAUUGAAUAGUGGAUGGUGGAAUGUGUAUGAUGCACGCUUCAUUAUUCGUGAUCGUUGUAAUUGGAAAGCCAUAACUUGCAACGAGGCUGGAAGCAUAAUAGCAAUUGACAUAUCCAAUGAUGAUUACGAAGAAGUUGCGUGGGGGAAUGAAUUUCAAACACGCAAUUUGUCUAAUCUCAACUUGUCCUGUUUUAACAAUCUAGAAACACUUGUUAUAUGGUCAGUUAAACUACAUGGGACUAUCCCAAAAGAAAUUGGUCAUCUCUCUAAGCUCACUCAUCUUGAUUUGUCAGGCAAUUAUCUUAAAGGUGAGCUACCUCCUGAAUUGUGGUUGCUAAAAAAUCUCACUUUCUUAUAUCUAUCUUACAAUAGAUUCAAAGGUGAGAUACCUUCUUCAUUAGGAAAUCUAAAACAAUUACAGGAGCUAGACAUCUCUCACAACAACAUUCAAGGUUCCAUUCCUCUUGAGUUGGGGUUCUUGAAAAAUCUCACUAUAUUAGAUCUAUCUUACAAUAGAUUCAAAGGUGAGAUACCUUCUUCACUAGGAAAUCUCAAACAGUUACAACAACUAAACAUCUCUCACAACAACAUUCAAGGUUCUAUUCCUCAUGAGCUGAGAUUCUUGAAAAUUCUCAGCACAUUAGAUCUAUCUCACAAUAGACUUAAUGGAAACCUACCUAUUUUUCUUUCAAAUCUUACACAAUUAGAAUACCUUGACAUUUCCCAUAAUUUCCUCAUAGGUUCGCUUCCUUCCAAUCGGUUUCCAUAUAAUAAUAAUCUACUUUCCAUGGACCUCAGUCACAACCUCAUUAGUGGUCAAAUCCCUUCUUAUAUUGACUACAUUUACAACCUUAAUUUAAGCAAUAAUAAUCUCACUGGAACAAUUCCCCAAUCUCUCUGUGAUGUCAAUUAUGUGGACAUUUCAUACAAUUGUUUGGAGGGUCCCAUUCCAAAUUGUCCUGGUCUUUAUACAACAAACAGCGAAAACUAUGAUGUAUGUCCAUUUAACCAAUUCCAGCCUUGGUCACCACACAAGAAAAAUAAUAAAUUAAAGCACAUUGUUGUCAUUGUUAUUCCGAUACUUAUUAUUCUAGUCAUAGUCUUCUUACUUCUCGUAUGUUUAAAUCGUCAUCAUGAUUCUUCUGAGAAGUUGCAUGGAAACUCAACAAAAACAAAGAAUGGAGAUAUGUUUUGUAUAUGGAAUUAUGAUGGGAAGAUAGCAUAUGAUGACAUCAUCAAAGCAACAGAAGACUUCGACAUGAGAUAUUGCAUUGGAACCGGAGCAUAUGGAAGUGUUUACAAGGCACAAUUACCAUGUGGAAAGGUUGUUGCCUUAAAGAAACUUCACGGCUAUGAAGCCGAGGUUCCAUCUUUUGAUGAGAGUUUCAGAAAUGAAGUGAGAAUAUUAUCAGAAAUAAAGCACCGACAUAUUGUGAAGCUUUAUGGAUUUUGCUUGCACAAAAGAAUCAUGUUUUUGAUCUAUCAAUACAUGGAGAGAGGAAGCUUAUUCUCUGUCUUGUAUGAUGAUGUAGAAGCCGUGGAAUUCAAGUGGAGGAAAAGGGUCAACACUGUUAAAGGAGUUGCAUUUGCUCUUUCAUAUCUUCAUCAUGAUUGCACUGCUCCAAUAGUGCAUAGAGAUGUAUCUACUAGCAAUAUCUUGCUAAACUCUGAGUGGCAGGCUAGUGUGUCUGACUUUGGCACAGCUCGACUCCUUCAAUAUGAUUCAUCCAAUCGAACUAUAGUUUCUGGAACUAUUGGAUAUAUAGCUCCUGAGCUUGCAUAUACUAUGGCUGUGAAUGAAAAGUGUGAUGUAUAUAGUUUUGGUGUAGUGACACUUGAAACUUUAGUUGGAAGGCACCCUGGGGAUUUAUUGUCAUCACUUCAAUCAACAUCGACAAGAAGUGUCAAACUACGUCAAGUAUUAGACCAACGUCUUCCACUUCCAAAUAAUGACAUAGUUAUACGUGACAUAAUUCAUGUUUCCCUGGUAGCAUUUGCAUGCUUAAAUGGCAAUCCUCGUUCUCGACCAACAAUGAAACGUGUGUCACAAAGUUUUGUCACCGAGCUUACACCGUUUAGCAUUCCUUUGAGUGAAAUUUCAGUGGAGCAACUAAUGAGUGAAGAACUCAAAGCAUUAUUUUAUAUUGGGAACUCUUGAAAGAAAUACUUGAGUGUGUUAUUAUUCAAUAAUAAAGACAUUGUAUUUAUUUUCUUUCCCAAAAGUUGUUGAAAAAUUCUGUAAAACUUCGUUGUUCUGAUAUAUCAAACAUAAGUAUAUAUGUAUUCA